AUGAACGGAGUCACAGGUUCGAAAUUAAUUGAGGGUACAACAAAAACUAUUAAAAUAAAGGAACUAUUGAAGAACACAGGCAGAAUUGAUUUAUUAGAACAUUUAAAUACGACUAGAAGAAUUCUAGACGGAAGGGAAGUGCGGGAGAAUAGGCCGUAUAUGGUGUAUCUCAAGCUUCCGAAGAAAUAUCCGAAGCAGGGAGACUACCGUCGCUGGCUGUGCGGCGGUGUGAUCAUACACGAACAGUAUAUCCUGACCUCUGCAGCCUGCAUUGAGGAUGUCAAGCAUUUCUAUGUCGUCUCUGGAACGUUUACCUUUUAUGAAGGUGAAGAGGAGUACACCAAUGCGUGUUUCAAAAACGGUGCGAAAAGAGCAGUAUGGAAAUGCAUACCUAGAAAUUACAUAUUCGACGGUCACGAGAACGAUAAUGUUCGUUGGAUGAACAAUGACCUGGCAAUCGUGAAAGUUGAAGAUGAAUUUGAUUUCGACCGUCGGAUGCGUGGUUGUGAUUUCAUACCCGCACCAAUCGCGUAUAACAAUCGUAGUGAACAUUACGAAAGUGCUGGUAACAUCGCUUCUGUUGCUGGAUGGGGGAGCACAGAUAAGUAUAGCGAUUGGAUAAACGCUCGAAGCGGCAGUACCAAACAAGCGCUGUUGGAAACCAAUGUGAUCUUGAUAUCCAAAGCUGUCUGCAAGAGUCGCUGGGGCCCGCGCUAUCACAACAUCAUUGAGAACUACAUGAUUUGUACGCAGGAUAUUACCGCACAGCUCAGCGAAAUGUGUGACGAUAAAUACGUUGAUUGCACUGAUAUUAUGUACUCUGGGGAAUAUGGCGGCAAACGUAGAGACAUGGCAAGUGAGAGCUUGGUACAUUCAGCAUUUCACGAUUAUAAUGGAAGAAAACGGGUAAAUUCUUGGAGCGGUGGUUUCUGUGAGAAUGAUCACGGUGGACCUCUGGUGUACGGUAGUGGUCACGACACUGUCGUUAUCGGCGUCAUCUCCGCCUGCCUCGUCAAGGAGGCUACCAACAAAUGCUACGGCCCCUUCCUCUACACCAGCGUCUAUAAAAACAGGAAACUUAUUAACUGCGCCCUCUUCAAGGAUCCCAACGUUAACUGCAAAGUAUUCAGAACCGAUGACACUUUUAUUGAGAUUGACUUAAAUUGGGAAGAUGAAGAAUUAGAGCCGAACGAAAGGUAG